AGGGACGGGCCCCUCCGUUAGCUCCGGAGCCGUCCGUGCGUCUUGCCCCUCAAAAUCAAAUCUUCCCCGAAAGAGCACAGGAGCUCCCCUCGUUUACUCCGGCGCCGCCCCACGCCGCCUCCCUCCGGCGGCACCUUUGUUCCGCAUCCCGCCUCACGUGACGCUUCCUUUCCGCUGCCGGCGCCGGCGGCGACGCGGACGGCGGCUGUGAGCGGGAGCCCCGUCGGCGGUCCUGUGAGACCUAGGUCGGUAAUGUCAGUCCCCCUCUUCGAAUUAUCAAGCUUUACGCCUGCAAAUCGCAAUGUUGGUUGCUAGUAAUUCCUGCCAGUUGGUACGAUGAUUGUUGUCGAACUGAAAAGUGGAGAUGCUAUUGCAUAGCUUGCUGUGCCGGCAGCUAAUUCACCGGGACUUUUUACUGGCUGGUGGCCCUCGCUUUCCUUUACUACACCUAGCAAUUACCUUAAGGUUAGGAUAUUCCACUACCGCCUGUCGAAGAGCCGUUCCAUUGUACUUAGACCAUCUCCAACGGGUGAUCCAUCUCGCGCCCGAGUCAAACUGAACAAAUUCGUGGCCCAACGUGCGGACGCAUUCCAAAAAUGGAUGGCCGCGGCGUCUAGGACGACCUAAAGACGGCCUAAAUCUGUGUCUGGUUUGCGUGGCCGUGGACACUGAGGGCCGGCCUCUCGCGUCCUCUCCUGGCCCGCAUGUCUGCUUCCCAAACCACAGCCACUCCACUCUAGUCCCCCCAAACCUAGAGGAUAGCCAACGAAGCUGCCACCGCCGCCACCAUCGGAGACGAGGCCGAGCUCGCCGUCGUUGUCCCUCCUGUCGCGGAGGAGGUCCCGGUGGUCGCGCAGCCCGCGGUGGCGACGAAGAAGGCGAAGCCCGAGCUCACCGCGGAGCAGAGGGCAGUCAAGAACAAGAAGCGUGCUGAGCGGUGCAGGGCGCUCGAUCAACGAAAGAGGGAGGCCGCCGCCACGGAGGAGCGACAGAGGGCGGCCGAGCAGCUCCAACUCCUCCAAACGAAAGCGAAGGCCGCGACGGGCGCCAGCGCAGCCUCGACGGGAAGCUCCGGCUCCUCCGUGACCCGGCCGCUUCCUUCCCAGUCAACAGCCCCACCGUCUGCCCCGUUUGGGUACCCGCCCGGCGUGUACGCAAUGAUGGUGCCGGCAGAGCAGUUCUUGUACCCUCCAUGGGAUGGGUCACCGGAGGUGGAUGAGUUCAUGACGAGGCCGUCGCCUUCAUCUAUUGACCUCAACCGUGCGCCAACGGCGCACUCCAAGGCCCCGAGGCCGAUGCCCGCACCCUGUUCGAAGAAUUGUCGGGUGAGUGUGCGCCGCCAUCUUUGCAGACAACGGCCACGGUGCAGGCCCCUCCUUCUUACGCGCCGACGAUGCCGACCACCAUGGCACCUCCGUCGACCGAGCAGGCUCCCCCGCUAGCUUCCAUUGACAUAGAGGAGGACAACAUUGGCAAUGCCGGCACCAUGAACAUCGACGAGGAGCCGUUGUUCGCUGACGAGCUCACACAAGCCGCAGCUGCAGAAGCUCGAGGUCUCCGGGUUAGCAAAAGAACCAGCAACUACACGGAGUUAGGGGACAAAAUCGGGCGAGGGGUGGUUGGCCAUUGGGAAAGAUCCACUUAAAGGUGCCGAGCAGAAGGGGGGCACAUUCUGGCGCCGGAUCCAUGACUACUUCCAUGAGCACCGCCGGUACGGGGAGCACCGAUUUGACAGCGACCGCAAUAAGUGCUCCAUCCAAAAGAGGUGAGGAACAAUUCAAGCGGAAUGCAACAAGUUCUAGGCGGCGUAUGAUCACGUGAAGCGGGUGCCCGUUAGUGGCAUCGGCGUCAAGGACUUGGUAUGAUUCUCAACCUCAACUUGUUCUUUGGUUGUUUGCACAUACAUUUGUAAUUGUAUGUCUCAUUUUGUUCUAGGUGUGGCAAGCUUUGGAUUACUUCAAAACUGUGAAUGAAGGAAGGACCUUUGCCUUCCCUCAUUGUUGGAAGGAUCUCCGGGGCACCCCCAAGUUUGACGAGGGGUACGAGGCGUACAUGGCGAGCUUGAUUGUCAGCAAGAGACUGCCAAAGAUGCCACCGUCAUUGACCUUGAUGGUGGUCAGCCUUGCGGAAGCUCCAUUUCUCGUGCAAGCCGUCCAAGAGGCCACAAGGCAACCAAGUCCGACAUGAAGCGUGAUGCUUCGGCCAUGCAUUUGGUCGGUACCUUGAAGGACUUGUAUGCUGAAAAAGAGGUGUCCACAGACAAGAGGGAAGAGAGGAAGCGCCGGGAGAAGGAAGAGGCCAUGAAGAACUACUACGAUGUUCAAAUGAGGAAGCUUGACAUUAAUGAGGCCAAUGCCAAGACGAGGGCUAGGGAAGUGGAGCUCAAAGAGAAAGAAUUGGAGCUCAUUGCAGCGUCAAGGGCCAAAGAGGUGGAGCUGAAGGAGAAAGAAGUUGAGCUGAAACGCCAAGCCGAAGACCACAUGAUCAUGACCGCCGACUUGACCGCCAUGAACGAGGUGAAGAGAGCUUGGUUCGAAAGGAGGCAGAAGGAGAUCCUAGACCGCACAAAUUGAGUUGACAAUCUCAAUUUGUAAUUUUUAUAUUUUUUCCUUGUUCAAACUAUGUCACAUUUCGUUUCCUACUCAUGCUACAUUUUAUUUGAUAUUAUUCUAUGUUUUUAGAUGUUACUUAUAAAUUUUUGUGGCCAAAUGGCCUAUUUCCCAAAGAAAUAGACCAUAUCUGGGCCGCGUUGGCAAAAUGGGUGGCCGCAGCGUUGGGUGCAGCGUGUGACCCAAACGGCCGGGCGGACGCCGGCCACUGUCCGCGCGCCCACCCAAACGGACGCGCGGGCGCGCCGAUUUGGGUCACCCCGUUGGAGAUGGCCUUACAGCCGGUGGCCGCCUUCUUAUUGCCUGCCUUUUUUCUCUCCUUUAACUUCUUCACUGUACCAGGUGCAUCCAUUGCGCAAGUAGAAGCAAUCUAACACAAGCAAAUUUCAGAUUACAAUGCAUGCAUCGAGUAAUAGAACAGUAGAUGUAUCUAUCAAGUAGGAGCUUUGUGGCAUAUAACCAACAAAAGUAAAUUGCAGCUUGCAAUGUAGAUGUAGUUCUCUGCUUGACACCUGUUCAUUUAGGAGGCAACAUUUAUACCUUUUUUUUGUUUUGCUUUCAUCGGGAAAUCCGUUCAUUGCGAGUUAGUAGACUAACCGUUGAAUGGAAAUAAUUUCUUCCUUGAUCCUGCCUACUUGUUGCACAAAUUUCGAUGUCGUAGAAAGAAGGACAAAGGAUAGACAUGUGUGUAGGAAGCAGUGAACCAAAUGGCCAUUUUUAGUCGCACGGACACACUUUCGACAUAUGAGGAAUCCAGGUAACUUAUUAAUUUGCUUAGUAUGAGGGUCUGUAGAAUGAUAAGAAAAAACUUGGAGUCGAGCCUGAGGCAAUGCUGCGUAUUUAUUCGGGGCUGAGUGUGUUAGUUGAAAUGAUGAAACACAAAACAUUAGCUGAACCUCGUGACUGAGUGUAUAUCCUCAAGGGCUUAGAGAAACUCUAGCAGAAACCACAAAAAACCGUAUUUAUUCGGGGCUGAGUGUGUUAAUUUGAAUUAUCUAUGUUUAGAAUUUGAAAAUUGUUGAUGCAUCGGUCAAAACCCCUAAACAAUUGAAUUAUUAUUGAUGUUGAUGUUGAUGCACCGGUUUACCACAAAUGUGAAUUUGAAAAGCAGUAAUGCACCGGAUAUGUAUGCUAACAAUAGUCUGAAUUGUCAAACAGGAAAUGACAAUAAUAUAUAUAUAUAUAUAUAAUAAACAGUAAUAAAUUGUUAUUGAUUGAUUUAAAACUAUCCAUAUGAAAAUCCCGCUCCACCCCCUGGGUUGACAUGUACACACGGGGAUACGCGGCAGCAAUACAUUAUCUAGUACAGCUGGCAGCACCUCCAAAUUUAGCACAUGCUUGUUUUCAUACUGGAACCUUUAUUUUGAUUGUUGUUUCCUCAAAUUGGAUGGCCGAAAAAUACAUGCAACCCCGCUGGAUCCACACCCCUUUCCCCACUGGGGCUCUGUUUCGCACUCCAGUUGGAUCCGACAGAGUGCAGGAAAGAAAUUAAGAAAAUUGAGCCCCCCUCCCCCCACCCCCACCUCCAUCGAAUCCCAACCACUUCACCGCCGCGUUCUUCCAUCGGAGCCUAGAAAAGGGCCAUUGAUCUCCUCUGCCCGCUACCAGAGAUCUAGCCGGGGCAACACUUCUUUUCUUGGAUUCUUUGUGCAGACACUUGUUGUAUGUGCUUGUGUGUGCUGAUUUCGGUGGUUUCCUGUGACUACGAGGGAAUCGAAGUUCUUCACAGCGAGGAUGCCUGGUCUAACUUUACCUAAUCAUGAUCCAGCGAACAAUGGAUGUGGAUGUAGUUACCCCAGGUCUGCAGACCAGACGUGCGGUCAGGAGUCAAGAGCUCAGUUAUCUCCAGAUGAGGAACUUACCCUAUACCUCAAACCAAUUGAGCUGUACAAUGUUAUUCAAAAUAGAGCCAUUAAAAAUCCCACUUCCCUUCAAAGAUGCCUUCGUUAUAAGAUAGGCGCAAAACGGAAAAAGAGGAUACAGAUAUCGGUAUCAGUUUCUGGAAGCGCAAAUACUGAAUUGCCAUCACAUGGUAUCUUUCCUCUCCAUGCUCUGUUUGCUAGAGCCACCAGUAAUGAUUCACGUGAUGGGCAUUCUCCAGUGUAUCGGUUCAGCCGGGCUUGUCUACUGACUUCGUUUAGUGAAUCUGAAGAUAGUGACCACACUAAAGCCACAUUCACCAUCCCUGAUUUCAAGAGUUUAGCUACCUCCCAAGUUUGUAACCUUCACAUUAUCCUAAUUAGCUAUGGCCAAUGUGGACAAAAUCUUAGUGAAAACUUCUCAGAGAACCAUAUGGAGUAUUCUUCCCCUCAAAAGCUUGGAGGCCAAUGUUCCUGGGGUAAAAUACCAAUUGAUUUACUCUGCUCAUCUCUUGAUACCGUAACUUUAAGUUUGGGGCGUACUAUGGAAUUGACUUCAGAAAUAAGGAUGUGCCCAGGCUUCAUAGAACCAACAUUUCUUGAGCAUGGCAGUUGUUUUACAUUUUGUUCUCGAAAAGCAGAUGCUACAGGUUCAUAUGAACUACAAGCAAGGAUAGAUGCACAAGAGGCUGGUGCAAUAGGCAUGAAUUCAUCUCGUUAUAACAGUUACUCAUAUGACAAUGUCCCACCUUCGUCAUUACCACAUAUCAUAAGGUUAAGAACAGGCAAUGUGCUCUUUAACUACAAUCACUGCAAUGAGAUCCUACAAAGCGAAGUUACAGAAGAUUUUUCUUGCUCCAUUUGCUUGGUAAAGUGUGGAAGCUUCAAGGGUCUGGAAUGUCAUUUAAUCUCAUCACAUGAGCUAUUCCACUUUGAGUUUGCGGUAUGUGAAAACCACCAAACUGUUAAUGUUCAUUUGAAGAUUGAUACCAUGAGAGCGGAGCUUGUAAGUAGGGCAGGAGAAGAAGAUGAACGAAUCAAGAAAAUAUUUUUCUACCGAUCAAGGGUUAAGAAAAGGUGUAGAAGGUUAGAAACAACAGUCGAGAAGACCAAGCAUGUACAUACACAUAUCAUGGAACUAGGAUCACCUGGAAAGACUGUUCCUGCGGACAAUGAUAAUGUGGAACCAAGAUCACCAGAAAAUAUGGGUCAUGUACAUGCACAUACUCUGGAAGCAGGAUCAUCCAAAGAUGCCUAUAAAGGGUCUGGGGUGGAUUAUGUCCCGAACGAAAAUGGUACAUUUCAUAUCUUAUUGGCUCUUGGCAUAGGGAUUUCUGUGCCACAAUCUUCAAUUGAUUCUCAUCCCGCAUUACAUGGUAGCAAUCAUUCAACACCAGGAGUUCUAGAGUUUGGGAAGUCAAGGAAGCUCUCUGUUGAUCGAACUCACCCCAGAAAUCGUCUACUGCUGCAAAAACGUGAGUUCUUCCAUUCUCAGAAGGCGCAGAGAAUGGAACUAGAAGAGGUUUUGGCAGAUCAUGACAGUGAGGACGAAAUUGAUGAUGACAUCGCUGACUUUGAAGAUAUGACAUUGCUUGAUGGUUUUUCUGAUGUUACAAAAGACGAGAAGCAAAUUAUGCAUAUGUGGAAUUCAUUUGUUCGGAAACAAAGGGUACUUGCGGAUGCCCAUAUACCUUGGGCUUGCGAGGCAUUCUCCCAGCAUCAUGGGCAAGAACUUGUGCACAACCCCACUCUACGAUGGAGUUGGCGGUUCGUCAUGAUCAAGCUCUGGAACCACUCCCUGCUAGACGCGCACACCAUGGACACCUGCAACAAGUUUCUGGACAAACUGGAGAGCAAGAGCUCCGACCCCAAGCAAACCUGAUUCGUCGAAAACAUUUCAUGGCCAACCUGAGCAGGGCUUUGCCAUCGAUUGUCAUUCUUGCUGUGGUGCGACAUGAAACAUUUUGAUUCCUGGUGUCCUCGUUGACGAUAACAGAGUUACGGCUCGGCGAUACUGAUCUGUUAUUCUGGGAUAGGCCGAGUUGCGGAGUUUCGAGAUGUUGACAGAAUUUUUUUUCAUGCAUUUCUUGAAACGCUUGUGAAUGCGGAACCCGAGCCGCGUGUUUGCGGAGACAAAAGAUUAGACCUGUUGUAGUAGGAUCAAACAAGGUAGAAGGUUGUGCACUGUUAUGAUUGCACUGUUAUGAUUAGUUAAUGGCGAUUUCAACCAAA